AUGACGAGCAGCAGAGAUCGGCGUGUGGCCAAAGAACUUCAAGACAUUCAGGCGGACAGGGACAACUCUGGAGUCUACGCUGCGCCUAUUGACGACGUCAACCUGAAGCACUUGAAAGGCACCAUCCCUGGCCCUCCCGAUACUCCGUACUAUGGAGGCACUUUCAUAAUCGAUAUACGAAUACCAGAUAACUACCCGUUUAAGUCGCCCUCCAUGAGCUUCAGCACCAAAAUCUGGCAUCCGAAUGUCAGCAGCCAGACGGGAGCCAUCUGCCUAGACACCCUUGGGUCAGGCUGGUCGCCAGUCCAGACCAUCAAAACCGCACUGCUAUCUAUUCGCAUGCUCCUCGAAGUUCCUAACCCAAAAGAUCCGCAAGACGCCGAAGUCGCAUGCAUGCUGAUGCAACAGCCCGAGCAGUUUGCCCGUGUCGCCCAAGAAUGGGCCAUCAAGCAUGCCGGCGCACCGAGACAAGAGCUCAAUCUGAGCCAGUAUAAGAAUAACGACGCACCAAAAAGUGACGAUGCGAGCAGAUACAAAGGAUACAGCAAGGACCUAGUUGAUCGCUUCGUAAACAUGGGCUUCGACGUCGAUGCUGUUGUAGAUGCCUUCCUUUUUGUAGGUAUCGACCGCAACAAUGGACAGGACUAUGAACUGGAGGAGGCGUAUAUGGGCGACAUCACCGCACGGCUCCUUGGUGAGCAGUGA